UCAGCGCGCAGCUUAACACCUUCAUGAUGCUCCAAGUGCUCCCGGAUCCUUAUUUACCUCCUAGCUCUUAUUUAUAUUAUUAACAUUAAGAAAGGUGUGUGUGUGUCGAGGUAAUCCUCAGGAAAUUGGCCCAUACGUUGCACUACGAGAGGAACCCAGUAGAUAUUAGCUGUGAGAAGAUGGAGUUGGUGGUGUACAGUGUGAUGGUGUUGAGCUGGUGUGUGUCUCAAGUGGCGUCACUUGACGGAUAUGAUGUAUAUCAUCUUGGCCAGAACCUAUGUGAAGAUGAGAACGAUAAAGAAACCAUAACCAUUGGACCCUGGAAAGCUGCCAUAAUAAAAGUGGGCCACUUAAAAACUAAAGAUGGCCUACCAGUAAGCCAUAAAAUACAUAAAUGCAAGGUUACUGCAGAAAGAAAAGAAGAUUUUGGUCUUGCUGCUGUAAUUGAAGAAAUGAAGAUUCAGGCAUCAGUUGACAAACGAACCAAUGGCUGGGUGUGUGAUGGGGAUUAUGUUAAGCUCAGUACUUCUGGAACAUCAUUUAUCUCAAAGCUUUUAGAUUCAUUUCCUUGGGACACAUUCAAGAGCAAGUCAACAGAAGAAUUGUGUGGACUUCGUAAGAAAAAACAGUUGUUCAGUGAAAUUGGUGCCAAUGCAAAUGUAUUUUCCACUGUUUCCAGUAACUUGGAAGUGUAUUUUCACCAGAGUCAGAACAAUGGGUACUCACUAAACAAUUCCUUCACCAUUGUUAUCACAGCAUUUAAAUAUACAAGAGAUAAAGUGUUUACAGAGGCUUGCCAAGGGAAAUUCAAGUGUACUGGGAAUGAGAACUUCUGCAUUGACCAGCGGUACAUGUGUGACAACCACCUCAACUGUGGCUUUCCCUCUGGUGGAGGAGAUGAAGUGCGUUGCUCAGUGAGGGCAGUGUAUCAACCAGUAUUCUCCACUACAACAACAAUCAUCACUGCACUGGCAGGCGUGGUCGGUGCAGGUCUUGUCAUCUGCUGCCUCUUCACCAUUAUCAUGAAGGCCAAGUCUCGCAGUGCUACGCCAUCUGGGACUCCUGUACCACCAGGCGGACAAACUCAAGUCCCCUCGGCACCAGCCCUUCAACGACAACAUACUCUUCCACCAUAUGAGGCAGUAGUCAUGUCUGAUGCAAACCAGAGCUGGAAGAGCAAUGCUCCUCCAUGCCCUGAGGUGGGAGAGUAUCCACCCAGCUAUGAGAUGCUCUUUCCAGAAGGCCCUCCUAAAGAGGCGCAUGCAGAAAAUGGUCAUACUGGUGAUGGAAUAAAUUCACAAGGUGCUACCCCAUAAACUCUACAAGUGCCACAAUCAUUUUAUAAAGCUUGGAGAAACUACUAGGCUAGUGGGGAAAUCUUAGGGGAUCAAGAAUAGUUAAAAAUCGUUGUUUAAAUUUUGUUUGUACAAUGAAGGCAUCAAGAAUAUUGUGAACAUGUUCACAUUUACUUGAGAAGUUAAUAAUCUUAAACAAAAAUAAAUUUGCUACAGAGAUAUGGGAUUAUUUUCAUACUGUAAUAUCAGAGGCCUUAAAAUAGAGUACAAUAAUAAAAUGUGUUACAGUAGUGUUGGAUCUAUUGCAUGACCAGUACAUACCUCGCAUCAAAUAUUUAGAAAAUAAAUACAUCAUUAUUAGCUUUGAGUCAAAUAUUUUGGUUUGCAAUUAAUAUUAAAAAUAUCUGGCAUAUCAGUGAAGCCUUCAGUAGCAUUUAGGUGUGUAAUGAAAAUGUUUAAGGAAAUAUAAGGAAUGUUUCUAAGGCUUGUGCUCGGCUAUUAUGAACUCCUACGGUGAGAGGUGACGUAACGGGUUGCGUGCUUGAAAGUUUCUGAGAGUUCCCUGGCUGUGGACAGUUGCACUCGAUGUGUAUGAGCACUUGUCUCUGUGUCAAUAUCUUAUUUGUCUGACCUUAUACAGUCACUCAUAAGGUUUGGUUUGGAAUAUCAUACUUUGUGUGAUAAGAGUGAAGAAGAGUACAGUUCAGUUUAAUACUGGAUGAGGAUGGAUCCUUAUAUAAGUUAUUUAAAGCAGCUAGCAAAAUAUUUUUUUUUUUAACAUGAUAGCAGAUUAUGCACAUGUGCAGAAUAUUAAAUGGAGAAAGCUAGUAACUUAAUAAUUACUUUGUAACAUGCGUAUGUAAAACAAUACUUGGCAAUGGCACACAAGUUAAUUUGUGAAUUAGCUGUGAUCAUGUUAAUAUACAAGUUUUGUAAAGAAAGUUAAACAGAGUGUAUUAAAAACUUACUGUGCAUUUAAUUGCAUAUUUUAUUGUUUUUGUGCAUUGAUGACAAAGUCAAGAAGUUAGACUAGUGCCAAAAACAAGAUGCUACAGUUAUAAUAUUUUACUAAUGAGUCCAGCAAAAUAUGAAUAAAAAGUAGUAGAAAGUCAUGAUUUAAAUUUGUAUUUGUAUACUACCGAUAUAUUUUUGUGCGAUGUGUAUAGGUUGUCUACAUAAAACCUAGUCGAAGCUUUUUAAGUUACAGCAUUAUUUCUACACGAAAUUUAAGAUACAUUAACCUCCAUGCUGCGCAGCUUUUACUGUGACAUUCUGGUAGUGCGCGGAAAUUGAAAUGUUCCUCCCCAUUUUUUUUUUUUUUUUUUGUAAAUUUUUAAAAUCUCUUCCCUGAACAUGUACAUGUAAAAAAAAAAAAAAACAAACUUGCUUUGGCUGUGGCAAUGUGACAUCACCGAUACAUGUUCACCCGUGCUGGAAGCUCCUGGAGGCGGUCGCACGGGCAGGUCAAGACUCGUGAGUUGCCACAAAUGUAUUUUCAUUCAUUUUUUAAAUGCAUUUUCAAUGCUUUCUAAUUUUUUUUAUUGUAUCUGAUGCACAUUUGUGUCCUUUACAAUAUGUACACAGUAGAAUAUUCAUAAUGUUCUGAGGAACUAAUACAUGAGUCACUAAUGUGUCCAUAAAAUUUGUUUUUGUUGCAAUAUUACUUGUUCAAUAUCCAAUUUAUUUAUACUAUGUACACUCGCACACUAUUUACAGUCAUACAUACUCAGUACUUCAGAAGUGAAUGAUAAUCAAAGCAGCAGUCCAUGGUGCACAGUGCGGCUUUGCACUCGAUGCAUCAGGUACACACAGAUUUUUGCUUCCUGUUUCUUCGUUCUGUGUGCUUGCAAACAAUGCACUCAUGUACACAUUUGACUUCAGUUCCUGUAGGUGGUAUGUAGCCAAGCUUGUGACGUGUAAGGUAGUCUUGAAAAGAUCUAGAAAGAGAUCAGUGACAAAGUUCUGUCCUGGUACAAAGUAAUCUCAAAAUUUUUGUCUGAUAUUGCUGAAUACUUUUCACACUUUCCAAAUUCGAUAGUUUGUGUGGUACAAAAUUAUCACAGUCCUCCCUGGUGAGUUCACCCGUGCUCCUUGUACUGGCACCACUACCACUGGCAUAGUAACACCACCAUGGAAGCCGCUAACACUGUUUGUCUCUGAUACUUGUAUCAGAAACAGCAUUGGAUACGCUCGCUGUAUCGUCCUCAUCCGUGCUGUUUCACUUGUAUUCAACACUUGUGUUAGGUCUUUAUUGUGCCUUGCUUAAUCAAUAUCACUAUUAUCAUCUUCAAACCAUAAGGUUUGAAUUUCAUCAUCAGAGAGUGAUUUUGCGACAUUGCGUCCAACAGGGGAUUGAGAGUCGGAGGCACGCCAGCCAAUUUUGCUCACUCAGAACUGAGCAAACCCGCAGCCCUGGGCAUGCUGGGAAUUUUUAUCAAGAUGGUUGCCGUUCACUGGAGGUCUCGGGUGUCCAUCUUGUACCCAACCUACUGCGGGCACAUUUUGAAUCGUACGAUGCCUUAACGUUGCUCCUGAGUCGGGUGACACACUGCAAUACCCCAUGUUAUGUCUGGUGGUGCAGUGCAGUGGUUAACUCAUUUCACUUGAACAGAAUUAUUGUAUUUAUAACUUAUUUCACUAUAUUGAAUGUCUUUUAUGUGAAAUAUGAGUUAAUUUAUACAAAAUUUUGUGUAUGUAAAUAAUGCUGUGAUUCGAAGCUGAAAAUUUUUGAUGUGAAAUCAUUGUAUAUUUAAAGAUAUUAACUAAUAUUAUGCAAAUCAAAUGCCAAUGAGUGGAGAAGUUAUUCCACUUAUAUUUUUUGAAUGCUUUCCUAGACUGUUGGAUAUAAAUUAAAAUUGUGGUAAUAGAGUAAAUGGUACGUGAGACGGAUGAGUGGAGUCACUCUCCUGAUAAUACGAUUUUGACACUUUUCUACCUUUUUGACACAUUUAUUUUUACUGUAUUUAAAUUUUGACACAUUUUUACAAUAACCAACGUGAACCAGGUUGGUCAUUUGAUAUCUUUUUUGUGGGGAUCCCCGUUGUCUCCUUGACACGAUAUCAGUAGCAUAGUGUCAGGAAGGCCCCGGGGCUCACCCAGAAUACUGGCAUUUCAUUACAUUUAACGCUGGUUUUAUUGCUUUUAAAUUGUGCACGAGUAUGAAUAGAAGUUUUAUAUAUGCAUGUGCAAUAUAUAGUUAUAUUCUGGCAUUCUCUUAAUAGAAUUAAAGAGAACAGUGAGCUAUAUCAGAAAAAAGUUUUUUACAAAUAAAAUUAGUAAUAAAAGUUUAAGUAUGCUUUGUGUUACAGAUUUGGGUUGCAUAUGGCAUACCACAUUGUUGCUUAAAGCAUUGAGCCCACCAGCCAUUGUAUUAGAGAACUGAAUGAACUGUAAUACCAGCAUGCAUUUUUGUCUAAUGUAAAGCAGUUGUUGGCAUCUCGACAUAUCGGUUCUUUCGUAAGUUUGUCUAUUAUUGUUUACAAACAUUGAGCCACAACUGGCAGAAAUUGCACCAAACUCAGAGUGAUAGCAACACAUGACAUUGAUAAUUAGUGUUAAUGUUUUAUCCUUUGUUUUUAAAUUCAUGACUUAUAAUGCUUGUGAUCUCUGUACCUAAUUUCAUCUCAAGUUUCUUGUUUUGUGUGUUCUCUUGUAUAAAAGUGGGUAGUGGAGUAGUGGUAGUGAUGUAUUUUCAAUGUUUGAAAAAACAUGCUGAAAUUCAUAAUUUAAGGAAUCAGAGAAACAUACCGAUGCUAGUUUUAAGAAAUUACCCUCAAAAUAAUUGAAUUUAGUCUUGGAUUCAUUUUAAAAUAUUGAUAUCCUUCUUUGUCCAAGUGUUUCUGUGCCUUAAUAGUAGAAACAAAACGAUUUAGAAGAUGUAAAUUGCUACUCAACCUGAAUUUCUGUUUAGUAUUUCAUGUUGUGUGUUAGUUUAGGGCAUGCCAGUUUUCCACCUGUACAUAAUCCAAAUUGAGAGGAUGCUUUAAAAAUAGGUUCUCUGAUAUUGCUUUAAAAAUAGGUUCUCUGAUUUUACUAUCUCAAUUUACCUUCAGUAUCGUGUUUUAUUAUUUAGACAUUAAUUACACAUAAUGAAAGGAGUCUUCCGAGUGAUUCCUAAAAUUUUGAUGAAUUUUGAAUAAAUGGGCCAAGUAGCACUACCAGCAGGUAGUGUUUAUUGUAAUGUAUUUAAUAACAUGUUAACUAUGACUUGGAAUGUUAUUUAAAUGAUGGGAUAACACCAUCGGCAGACGUGAUCUCCUUUUUUAUCAUUAUUCUAGUUAUAAUGUAUUGCACUUUAUUUUAUUAGUUUUUUAAAUUAAAUAUGAAAAUUGAAUGCUUCAUACAUAAAAUAUAUAAAAAUAUCUUUUGUCACCUAAGUUUUACUGCUAAAAUAGCCAUUGUGCAUGGUGAAAACUGAUCCACGUAGGACCAGUGUAGUUUUAAGAGAUUCUGUACAAGUGUUUUUCACAGUUUCUGUAAAAAAAAAUAAAAAAAAAAAAUAAAAAAUUAGUACUGUACUGGUAUUUGGUUGUGCAGAUAACUGAAGAAGAGAAACUCGGUAAUGAUGAUACUAAAAGUAGACCUAUUUAGCCAGCAGGUAAAACAUGCUCGAGGUAUGUUUAGUGAGCGUAGGAUCAAUGUUGAUUCGUGGUUGAAUCAACGUCUGUUGCCCCGGGGGGUAGCCAAAGUGACAAAAAUAUUAAGGAUGUUAUCGAGGUAAUGUGACUAUUUCAUUUUGCUACAAGCAUUAAAUAGUAUGCCAAUGUGUAAUUAACUACAGCCAUAAUGUUAAAUACUGUAAUGCAAUAAUUGUAUACUCAAUGUUUAUAAAUUUAUUUGUACUGUUCUGCUCAAAGUUGACUUGAUGUGAAGUCUGGUGAAGGGGUAUUAUCACAUAGUACUGAUCUGUAUAGAAUUGUACCACAUUUUCACGUACAUUGUCAUGUUAUA